GUAAACUGCGCCAUUGCCAGAUGCCUUAGCUCCGUGGCUAGAAGAAAGCUAGCUCCCACUCAGUACGAGGGUCGCGCUGUUCUUGUUACCAAAGAACGACCUAGCCCAAUUUAAACGAUUUUACCGAAAGCAGGCAUUUUACUCUUAAAGCUCUUGGUGAGUAUUUUGAUUGCAGACGUUUUUCAUUUUUCCUCCCUUUACUUUGUUUUUGGAUUUUGUUUUUUUUCAACGAUGCUUUUUGUCUUACAAAUGGAAAUAACGCAAUGUGCGGGCUGGUUAGCGAGCUCGCAGCUAGCGGUUAAUAGCUAUAUGCACCGACAUCCUCAUCCUGCGCAAAAUAUGAACAUUGGUUUUGAUCAUUUUAAAAUUUUGGACACUGCUCAGUUGCCAUUUUCUUUACUUUUGCAAGCAUUCAAGUUUAUAUUUUAUGACAGCUUUUGAGAAGAUUUUGGAGCCCAUUGUUUUUGGUGCAUUUUGGAGCCCCGCCGCCCGCUACCGUAGAGGCUUGGUUGUUUCUUUUUAAACGGAUACUACUCGCCCCCCCCCCCGUUGUUAAACGUAGGAUCAGCGCAUGCAUGCUUUGUCAGUAUUGUGGAGACAUGUUUUUCCAAUGAAAUAAAUCGACGUUUAUUAGUUUGUCGCUAAAUGGUCGGUGGCCUGGCCAAGCUCCCCGGGGCAGAUCCGGGGCCUUCGGACUGGGUUUGUCUGGAGAUGUAGCUCUUGUGCGGAUAAUCUCAUGGCGCAAAUAAGAUAUUUUUCGAUGGCACCUUUUUUGAGCACUGUCAUUUCAUUAGUGUGAAGGACGGUUGCAGCUCAACUCUUGAGAGGGCGAGGCCGGUUAUUGCAGAGGGCCCCAGCACUGUGACCCCCUCACAGACGGACAGACGGACACGACGGCGGACCACCCAACGGACACUAUGGACCGCUCGCCCACCACCUCGGCGCUGAUGGCCAGUAACGUCACCAACAAGAACGACCCGCGCUCCAUCAACUCCCGCGUCUUCAUCGGCAACCUGAACACGCUGCUGGUCACCAAGGCCGACGUGGAGGCCAUCUUCGCCAAGUACGGCAAGAUCGUGGGCUGCUCGGUGCACAAGGGCUUCGCCUUCGUCCAGUACGCCAACGAGAGGAACGCCCGCAACGCCGUGGGCAGCGAGGACGGACGCAUGAUCGUGGGACAGGUCCUGGACAUCAACCUGGCCGGAGAGCCGAAGCCCCACCGGUCAAAGACCACCAAGCGCUCAGCGGGAGACAUGUACAGCAGCUCUUCGUUUGACCUCGACUACGACUUCCAGAGGGACUACUACGACAGGGUGUACUCGUACCCGUCCCGUGUGCCCCCGCCGCCCCCGCCCCCCCUCUCGCGGGCCGUCAUACCGUCCAAGCGGCCCCGUGUCAGUGUCAGCAGCGGGGGGGGCAGCCGGCGCACCAAGACCGGCUUCUCCUCGUCCAAGAGCGGCCAGAGGCCGUCGUCCACGCGGGCCAGCCAGGGCCCGAGCCCCGUGGCCCCCCCGCCGCCCAGCAGCCUCGUGAAAAUGGACGAGCUGCAGACGAUCAAGCGGGAGUUGAGCCAAAUCAAACACAAGGUGGACUACCUGUUGGAGAGCUUGGAGCGCAUGGAGAAGGACCACUGCAAGAAGUCGGACUCCAAGAGUGGCAUGGCGGAGCCCGGGGAGGUGGCCUCGCCCCCCCACCCCAGCACCAAGAAGCAGGAGAGCCUCAAGCGGGACCGGGAGUGCCAGGACACGAACGACUCGGACGACGACGACGAAGACGAGGCCGACCUGCUGGAGGAGGAGGAGGAGGAAGAGGAGGUGAAGAGCCAAGGGCGGGAAGAGGAAGAGGACGAGGAGGAGGAAGAGGAAGGGGAGCACGUGGACGAUGACGACAGCGCCAACGGCGAAGACGACUCCUAAGAUGCGACGGCGGCGGCGUGGCACGCGAGCGGAAAGAAACUUGGGACAGUUUUAAUUACGGCUACAAAAAUGCAUAGAAUAAUGCAUGGUGUAACACCCCCCCCCCCCCCCCCCCCCCCCCUCCACAUACACACACCCACCCACCUCCCUCCACGUUCACACUGCAAUGUUGUGUCGAUAUCCCAGACACGCCUUGGGUUUGAUUCGUUGCUACUUUUACUGAUUUUUGAUUGACCGUUGUCCAGUGUCUACCUAAUAAUAGGAGUAAGCUAGCCAUAGGUUUCUUAGGUGUGUGUGUGUGUUUGUACUGUGGCAUUUUGUUGUCUCCCUCUCAGUGCAAACAGGACGGCCCCAUCCUCAUGGCAACCCAGUUCACCGGUUUGUAUUUCAGGGCAUGAAUGCAACUCGGCUUGAGGAAAUGGAGCAUUUUGAACAUGUUUUUGUUAUUUUCUUUGUUUGGAUCCUAAGUAAACUUGUCUUUUGUGUGUUCUGUGUAUUCAUGUCACUGUUUUUUAUACUACUCAGUCUUAGUUGAACUCUAAUAGAAUAAAUAUUAAAAUUUGAGUUUUCUUUC